CUCUUGACCAUAGAAAGCAAGGCUACACAGCGCUCUGAAGACACCUUGAGUCGCCCAGCAUGCUUUUGCAAACUUCACAAGAAUGCGGAGGAUGCUCAGUAGGUGAAGCAGGCCGUUCGCGUGGCUCCAUACGGACCUCGCAUGACGUCGAGUGGUCCAUAUAAAGGGAGAGCAUAUCCAGCUUCCCAACUUGUCCAACCGCACAACCCUCUAUCAGACCAUUCCCACGACAUUAGCUUUCGCCAGCAGUCGACAGGCCCUUGCUCAAGGCACGUGAUAUCUCGACAAAUCAAAGCCCAUCACCAUGAAGUUCACCACAGCAUCCGCAUCUACCAUGUGCGCCUUGGCUCUGAUUGGCAGCGCAGCAGCUGCGCCGGCACCUGCUGCCACUCCAGCUCCCGCCAAGCUUCUCUUCAAAAGGCAAGACGGCGGCAUGACCGGAUUCGUCAACAGUGACAUUUUCCAGAACGGCAUUUCUAUUCCAGAUGCAGGUUCCAUCGCAUCGGCAGCGCAGGCGUCCGCAUCCUCCAUCGCAGCGGGAGCUCAAGCGUCGGCAUCCAGUCAAGAGGCGGCGCUCACGACGCGAUCCACCACAGCGCCCAUCGCAUCUGGUACGAACAUUUCAAAGCCAAACAAUGCUACUUGCAGCACCGUCAACAACGACACGGUGUGCUGCCCCUCUGGCUACAGCAUCGUGAAUCAAAAGUGCUACCAGAGCGUGGAUGGUAAUGAUGCCAUCAUCAACAACUCUGGCGGCAGCAGUAGCACAAGCGACAGCAAUGGCAACGUGAGCAGCAGUGGAGCCUCCAGUGGUGGCAGCAGCAGCAGCAGCAGCAGCAGCAGCAGCUCUUCUUCCUCUGACAAGAAGGGCAACAGCGCAGCCUCUGUCAAGAGCACACCAGCAGUGGCCCUUGCAAUCUCGUUGCUCGGCACUGCAUACUUCUUCCUUUGAGCAACAGCUCCUUAGCCCAAACCUCUGCAACGGUGCCACUCCACGCGUGCUCGCUCGACCAUUGAUUUGACCUAGCACAGCUAAGCCUCGCUGAUCCCUAAUACAAAUACUUGGAUUUGCACCCCUCCUUUUAUUGGAGUGACCUAUUUCUUAGAGCUCAUUUGAGCCGGCAAAGAGCGCUGAAAAGCUCCACGAUGAAGCACUCAAACUAUCGUACUAGUGCUUGACGGCCUCUCCUCUUGACUUUUUCUUGUUGGCGCUCGCUUUAGUCUCGCGCGAGGAGAUGACUUUGCGUCUGUAAUGUGGGAUGAGCUUGGUGAUGCUCAAAUGGAAACGAGGUUUGCCUGCCGGCUUGCCAUCGGGAGCUUGGUCACGCGACCAGAAGCCGAGGCCAAAAAGCACAAAGA